AUGUCGGCGCCUUAUUGGGGCCAAUUGCCCCCAUCAAAAGCUCGUCGUAUGUCUGCCGACUAUGACCAGACUGAUGAUCGUAGACAGUCUUUGGAUCAGUCCGCCGCUCCGUCUCAGUCCCAGUCCCAGACCUCCUACUCCCACCCCCGAUCGCAGUCGCUAUCACAACCACGGUCGAACCGGGCAUCUGUGCAAACUAGUCACACCGACGCUUAUACGGAAUCUACACUUAGUCCUCUACAAUCACCUGCUACUUCCAACUUUCCAGGUAACGGUAACGGGCUAGCUCCCCGUCCGCCUUCUCUGCCUUACGGGCAAAACCAAUAUCCCGUAGAGACGCAGGGGAAGCGGGCAAGACGUACCAACCGGGCGCAAGAAGAUAUCUCUUACGACGAGACCGAGACUCCCGCAUCACCUCCCCCUCCUCCAGCCGCUCCCGACGUCCCUAGAGCUCCGCCUGUCAGCUACAGGGACCCUUACAGAAACAGUAGCCCGGCCUUUACUCCGACGUAUACCUACAAUCCGGACGGUUCGCCUGGGCCGCCGCUUUCGGCUUACCGAUUUAGUUCUCCCAGAUACGGUUCCCCUCAAGCACGAAUAUCAGCCAUGGAGUCCGAGUCUUUUUACAAAGAUGAUACCCCAGAGGUUGACAGACUAAAUCGAGCACCCGUACUAGAUCGAGGUCGGCAAACAUUUGACGAGAGCGGGGGUGCUAGCAAGCAAGCAUUUCGGGGCCUAGAGGGAACUAGAUCUAUAGGAAAACCAGCAAAUGGCGAUACAGCAGAGAAGGAGAAGGAGACCGUGGAUCCCUCCGCACCAAAGAGACAAGGAACACUAAAUGCGCCAGUAAAGCGCCCAACGUGGGCAGACGACCGGUCACCGUUGCAAAGGCUCGAGCUGACCCUCGAUAGCAUCACCAAGGAAGAGAAGCGAGCCCGCGUAGAAGCUGCCGAGCAUCGCGCAAGAGAACGAGCAGCGCGGAGAGAAAGUGCUUCGAUUCAAGAGAGGCUUCAACUUUUACCAGAACGACAAAAUGCCCAGCAGGCUCGGCCUAGAGAUGGGCGUCAAUCCGACGCCCGGUCAGAAGAACAACGUGCAGUUGUUACUGAUCUAGUAUCGACGCAGCCAUCAGCGACCGCAUCCCACGUGCCUGUAACUCGUAGCCUCCCAGAAGAAGCCAGGCAGCUACCCGACCAGUUUCCACGCUCACAGAUUCCAGUUGCUAGGAAUCGCAAUGUCACAGCAGCUGAGAAGGCUGAUAUACCCCAAGGUAACCUAAGUUUUCGUGAGAGAGCUGCUAAGAACGACAUCAACGUGCCAAGAGAUGCAGAAAGUAAUUCACCAACGUCACCUAUUACUCCAGUGAGCGGAGGCUUUUCUCUUACUCGUAGUGGAAGCAACAAGCUUAAGAAGAACCCGCCGGGUGACCCCUGGUAUAGCGCGCGUAAGGAGGCCGAGGAAAGAUCAACAGCUCCGUACAGACACAACUCGCAAAAAGAGCGACCAAUUGAAGUGCCUAGAGACGCGGGCAUCCCGCUAGGAACCGCCAGGCCCAGAAAUGAGAUGGGUACGAGGGUGCCUAUUUCGCCAGAGUAUAACGAAAGACCGCCAGCGAGAGGUAAGCAGCUAAAACAAGAAGAGUAUAAAGAACCUCUAGUUCAACAGAAAGCACCUGCUGCUGCGGUUGUGCCCGGCCGAUCCAAGUCCGAGUCCGCAAGGAACAAUUUAAGCACACUACCGUCACAGCAUCCUUAUCAAACCCCGGUACGUAAUAUAGAAGACCCGCCGGCACCCGUUAGGAAUGUUGUGAAAUCUGUUACGUUUCCGGAUCGGAAGCAUGAGGCCCAAAUGUUCGAAGAGGACGACUAUGAUUCGGAUAUGACCGAUCAUAAACUCGGUAUCCACGAUUACAUAUAUCGGAGUAAGCUCAAACCUGGUCGAGGGAUAUAUCAGCGGCCGAAGUACUUGGAGGAAUGGAAGAAGGCUCCAGUUGGAACGCUGGCAGGUCCUUUGUUAGACCUAAAUGAAGAACCGAACCCUAUCGCCGAAAAGAGUACGCCAUGGUGGGAGAGUCCCCCUAGCAGUAAGCGUAGAGGUAGUACGACAACGCGACCACCACCUGAAGCCCUCGAGGACCCGUAUGAUGAUGCCAAGGGUCCGACGAGGUUUAAACCAGCAUUAUAUCUCAAAUGUGGACCGCUGCUACGCUACUGUGGCCUUCGUUACGAAAAGCCAUCACCACAAGCAAACCGCAACGACGAGGUUUCUGACCUAGAGAUAUGGAGAGGCAGCGUCAUGAUCGUCACGCAAGACUCGGAGUCGUCAUAUGACAUUCCUCCGAUCCUGCGGCUCUUUGUCCAGCCUAUUGAACUCCUCCCGCCUCCUCCCGUAGAGCUACGUGGGGAACAGACUCUUCCACCAGAGUAUGUGGACCCGAUCGCCGGCAUACCGAAGCUUGGUAGACGAGGAGAAACGCUAUACGUACGGCCGGUGGAACACCUAGAAGAAGCUAAGGAUGUUUCGAGAUUAGAGCCUGAUGAUGGUCUAUUCGAAAUCACAAGAACUGCCCCUGACUUCAGCAACGGGCCUGACCCUCCGGGUUCUUUUACUAGUCGUAAAAGACGGACGCAGGUUGACGGAGAGAAGCUGGGGAAGUACAAGGAUGUUCGUGGGUUCCGGCUGCACGCGGAACGAGGCUACACGUUCUGGAGAUUCAACAUUGAAGUCGAACUCCGAGACUAUCAGCAGAGAAUAGCCUACCGCAUCAACCGUGGCCCUGCCAUGGGCUUCUGGGUACCCCCUCGGGGCGAGUCGAUGAAUAUUAUGUUCUACAGUUGCAAUGGGUUCAGUCUGAGUGUGAAUCCAGACGACUUCAGCGGACCAGAUCCUCUGUGGCGUGACGUCCUUAACAACCAUCAAACCCGACCGUUCCACGUCAUGCUUGGAGGCGGAGAUCAACUUUACAAUGAUGCUAUCAUGCGAGAGAGCCCUCAUUUCCAUAACUGGCUGGAUAUCAAGAAUCCUCUGCACAAAAAUAAUGCGCCAUUAAUACCAGAGUUGCAGGAUGAGAUGGAGACGUUCUACCUAAAUAGGUACAUGAUGUGGUUCUCGCAAGGCUUGUUCGGCCUAGCAAACUGUCAGAUCCCCAUGGUCAACAUGUACGAUGACCACGACAUUAUAGAUGGCUUUGGUUCCUAUCCCCAUCACUUCAUGAAGUCCCCAGUGUUCAGCGGCUUGGGUAAUGUCGCAUUUAAAUACUAUAUGCUCUUCCAGCACCAGAGCGUACCCGAUGAAACCGAAGACGCAGAACCGAGUUGGAUUCUAGGCGUCAAGCCAGGACCUUAUAUUCGCGAGUUGAGCCGCAGUACGUUCAUGUUUCUGGGAUCCAAAAUUGCGCUGCUCGCGGUUGAUUGUCGAACCGAGCGUACAAGAGACGACGUCUUGCGUGAAAAUACGUGGAAGAAGCUUAUGGACCGCUGUUAUGAUGAGAUAGUCAGGGGCAAGACGCAGCAUCUUCUCGUUCUCUUGGGGGUUCCAAUUGCCUAUCCUCGGUUGGUGUGGCUAGAGAACAUCUUGACUUCACGAUUGAUGGAUCCCAUCAAAGCCCUUGGAAAAGCGGGCAUGCUAGGUGGUUUCCUCAACCGCUUCGACGGAGGCGUCGAAGUUCUCGAUGAUCUUGAUGACCACUGGACAGCGAAGAACCACAAGGAUGAGCGAAGAGUCGUUAUCGAAGACCUCCAGGAUCUCGCCGCGGACAAGUCUGUUCGCGUGACGAUUCUAAGUGGCGAUGUGCAUUUAGCUGCCAUCGGCCAGUUCUACUCAAACCCUAAGCAGGAGCUUGCUAAGCAUAACGACUUCCGCUACAUGCCUAACAUCGUAUCAUCCGCCAUCGCCAACACGCCGCCUCCCGACAUCAUGGCCGACAUACUCAACAAGCGGAACAAAGUUCAUCAUUUUGACAAGGAGACUGACGAGGACAUGAUUCCUAUCUUUACCAACGGAGUGGACGGGAAACCCCGUAAUAACAAGCGUCUCCUCCCUCACCGAAACUGGUGCUCUAUACGCGAGUACGUACCCGGGCAGACACCACCACCCACACCACCGCCAGAGGACUACGAAAUGAGCCCUGAAGGCACUCCACCAGGCAGCCGGGGCGGCCUCUUCCGCAGAUUCUCGUCGAAAAGAAAAGGCUCCGUCCUCCGCAAGGACGGACCCCGCGGACCCGCAGACCGUUCGCGCCCGCCCGUCUCCGGCAGCGGCAGCGGCUUCCUGCGCUCGCUCUCGCGCCGCGCUUCUACCAGUGGCGGAUCGCGCCCAGGCGGCCUCCUACGCACCCUCUCUCUCGGCCGCGUCGACAGCUCCCGCCCGCGCGGCAAUAAUAGCGGCAGCAUCUUCGGCCGCCGGAGGAACAGCUUCGACAGGCCUGAUGACGGCGGCAUCAAUGGUGGCUGGGGCCCCGACAGCGACGAGGAGGAGGAGGAGGCCAUGUACGAAGCGUCGCGGGCCCGGCGCGCACGCGCUACGACUAUGACUAUGACUGCCGCACCGGUUGGGCCAGCUGCAUAUGUCCCUACUGCGAUGGAUUACUACGCGGGAGGGGCCGCGACCACGAAUAUGGGCCGGAUGCGCGGCGGGGGCGUGGAGCGCAACGACGAGUACGAAGUCGGCGACGAAGCGUAUUUCACAGCUACGUCGCCGCGCCGCGCGUUCACGCAGCCGACCAGGGGCGAGCACGGGUUUAGCAAUAACUACAGCACAUACGACGACAACCCCAGCUCGGAGUGGGACGCGCCGCCGCCGCGGCCAUCGCGGCCAUUCCACCGCACGCCGACGGGGCUUACGGCAAAGCAACUACAGGCGGCAGGGGGCGCGGCCAAGUUCGAAGUCGAUCUGCAAGGCGGGCUGGACGUGUGUCUCAACGUGGAGGUCAACGCGCGGGACCCGGCGGGCAUCACGGUGCCGUAUCGGUUGCUGGUUCCGAGGCUGUGGUACGAGUACGAGGGCGAGGACGCGGAUGGGGGUGGGGGUGCGGAGAGUUGGGGUGAAGGGGAUCGAGAUCAGGGGGGGUAUGAGGAGGAGGAGGAGGAGGGGGAGGAAAGGGGGGAGGAGGAGAGGCCGCAGAAGGGCGUGUUGAAGCGCUUGUUUAGCGGACGGGGAAGUCAGUAUAGGGCGAGGAGGGGGUCGUCUUAGGGUAUGCGGGAGGAUGCUGUAAUUUGGUUGUGGGAAUACAUGUUCCGGGGGCUAUUCUCACGGUUUUUUUGGGGGGAGGGGGCUUCUUUUUUUCGCAUCAUAAUACCAGGUCGGAGGGAUGAGGAAAAGUUUCUAUUCACACACACAUUUGGUUGGCAAGAAAUACUUCCACGCAGAAAGGAAAGUUUUGCGUUUUAUCUAUUUUAUAUUCAUCCUGUCGUCGGGAUACCUACCUACCUAGGUACGCAUGCAAGCACGUGGGAUCGUUUAGGUAUGGCAAAGGGGAACGAAGAAAGCUAGGUUAGGUAGAGGAAUGGGUUUAUUUAUGAGUUAUGACGUUUGGAGAGAUGGCAGCGGUACGGAUUGCAUGCGCGUUAUUUAGGCUGGGGGGCUUGCAAAUUGAAGCUGAUUAUGAUAAUGAUGAUGAUAAUGAUGAUGAUGGCUGGCUAGGUUGCUUGACGUAUGUAUGUAGGUAUGUUAGGUACUGCAUUUGGGUGCGUUAGCUGAAAUACAAAUUUGCCGUCUCGUCGUGAAUUAUCGAAGGG